UCAAUAGCUUCCUCUGACUCAUCUUUUCAUCCCCUCCCUAUUGUAUCACACGUUGUCUCUCCUUUCUGUGUUUUCCUCUUCUCUGCUCUCUCUCUUUCACCCAUUGGCUCAUUCUCUCUCUAUCCAUUUUUUUUCUCAGCCUGUCUCUUUGCUUAGGGUUUUCCGGCUUGCCUUUGGUGAGGUUACAAACGCACAGACGGCAGGAUGUCCAUUGUAAGCAUCAUUGCCAGGGAGAUCCUGGACUCUCGGGGAAACCCCACAGUAGAGGUGGACCUGAGGACUGAAAAAGGAUUGUUCAGGGCUGCUGUGCCUAGUGGAGCAUCUACUGGCAUUUAUGAAGCUCUAGAACUCAGAGAUGGAGACAAGAGUCGCUUCAAGGGCAAAGGUGUGCUCAAAGCUGUUGGCCACAUCAAUGACACUCUUGGACCUGCCCUCAUUGAAUCUGGGAUCAGCGUGAUGGAACAGGAGAAACUGGACAACAUGAUGAUCGAGAUGGAUGGCACAGAGAAUAAAUCUCAAUUUGGUGCCAAUGCCAUUCUGGGGGUGUCCCUGGCUAUUUGCAAAGCUGGAGCAGCAGAAAAAGAAAUUCCCCUGUAUCGCCAUAUUGCUGACCUGGCUGGAAACACAGAACUAGUGUUGCCAGUUCCUGCCUUUAAUGUGAUAAACGGUGGAUCCCAUGCUGGAAAUAAGCUGGCCAUGCAGGAGUUCAUGGUGCUUCCUGUUGGGGCAGAGUCAUUUCGUGAUGCUUUGCGUGUUGGGGCUGAGCUCUAUCAGACUCUGAGGGGAGUGAUCAAGGAGAAGUACGGACAGGAUGCCACUAAUGUGGGUGAUGAAGGAGGUUUUGCCCCAAAUAUCCUUGAGAAUAGUGAAGCACUUGAAUUGAUUAAGACUGCCAUAGACAAAGCAGGUUUCACAGACAAGGUUGUGAUUGGGAUGGACGUAGCUGCUUCUGAGUUCUACCGUGAUGGGAAGUAUGAUCUUGACUUCAAAUCGCCUCCAGAUCCUGAAAGAAACAUCACUAGUGAGAAGCUCCUAGAGAUCUACCAGAGUUUUGUCAAUGAUUUUCCAGUGGUAUCUAUUGAGGACCCCUUUGAUCAGGAUGACUGGGCAGCAUGGACUCGGAUGACUGGUUCUGUGGGGAUCCAGAUAGUGGGUGACGACUUAACGGUGACAAAUCCAAAGAGGAUAGAGAAAGCAGCAGAGGAACGUGCUUGCAACUGCCUGCUUCUGAAGGUCAACCAAAUCGGCACAGUCACAGAGGCCAUCCAUGCGUGUAAGCUGGCCCAGGCCAAUGGCUGGGGUGUGAUGGUCAGUCAUCGCUCUGGAGAGACAGAGGACACAUUCAUUGCAGAUCUGGUAGUUGGGCUCUGCACUGGACAGAUCAAGACUGGAGCUCCAUGUAGAUCUGAGCGUCUGGCCAAAUACAAUCAGUUGAUGAGGAUUGAGGAAGAGUUGGGCGAUCAAGCCCGAUUUGCUGGCCACAACUUCAGAAAUCCCAGUGCUCUGUGAGAUGUCCUGUGGCUACAAAGACCACACAACAACCACCACCAGACAAUAUGCACUGACUAAGACAGAUAUAGUACAGAUAAAACAACAGACCGAAAAGACAUCAUGAACAGACACCUAAGGAUUAUUUGCACUGAACACCUACUGACAACACUUCAUAUUUGACAGAAGCCCAUGCACUGAACCAAGGGGACAACAUGCACUUAAAUUGGACUGACCACAAACAACUGAGCUAACAAUAUGCAUGGCAGAACCAAUACAGACAAGUUUACGCACAAGACAUGUCUGACAAGAUAGACAGCUAAGUAGUAGGUACAGGAUGUAGGACAGACAUACACUGACAAAAUGAUUAGAAACAAUGGAGAGAGAUGGAGUAAAAGGGAGAAAACUAUGUAUUAAUAUGUAUAGAGUAAAAUAUUCAAAUUUAUCUUGGUGCAUCAAUUUAGUGGAUAUUGGUUAUAAUAACAGAAUUAUUUACCGGGUUGAGUGUGCUUUAAGGAAUAGUUUUCUUUAUAGUUUGGGUAUUGCCUUGUCUGAAGUGUAGUAAACUGCAGUUGAAAAGGGAAUGAUUCUUGACUUAAAAUAUGAAGAUGGACAGAAGCUGUAGGUGCAUGUAGAGAAAGAAAUCAAGAAAGGGAAGAGCAUGAAAUAAAAACAAAACAAAACACCCAAAACAAAACAGACCACACUCUCUUGCAAAGAGAUGGACCAUCAGCUUACACAGAUAAACACACACACACACACACAUACACACAAGCUCACAUUUGUGUGGACGUCUCUCAGUGUCUCAGUCUUUCACUUUACUCCCUUCAUCUCUCUCUGCUGUCCCCUUUAUCAUCCACCUCCUGCAUUCCCUAAUCCUUUACUUUCUUGUUGUUUCAUUGUCACUGUCCUCCUUUCCUUCUGCCUUUGCUAUUGUUGCAGACUUGGUCCACCAUGCUUGAAUUUCUUCUCUAUUUCUCUAUAUGUGGAAUCACUGUGGUCAAAGUAAAGAAGAAAAGGAGGGAAUAAAUAACAUGCUUGCCAUUAAAUAAUGUUAUGGAUUAAAAUUAUAAUUUACUCCCA